AUGUCUGCACCGUAUAGCAAGCUCCCGGCGGCCGCGAGUAUCUCGCCGGCCCCGUUUACUGUCUCUAUUCCCCAGCAGCAGCUUGAAGAACUAUAUGAUCUCGUCAGGCUAUCCAAGAUCGCCCCGCCGACAUACGAGAAUGUCCAACCGGAUGGUCGCUUUGGCGUCACGUCCGACUGGCUGACAACCAUGAAGCAGAAGUGGCUGGGUGACUUUGACUGGAGAGCAUUGGAGGCUCGCACCAAUAGCUUCCCUCAAUUCACCACGGAAAUCGAAGACAUCAAGCUGCAUUUUCUCGCCCUGUUCUCCGAGAAGCCGGAUGCGGUUCCCGUACUUCUACUUCAUGGAUGGCCCGGCAGCUUUCUCGAAUUUCUUCCGAUGCUGGAUUUGUUCCGGGAGCAGUUUACUCCCAGCAAGCUGCCCUAUCACUUCAUUGUCCCCUCGCUCCCGGGAUACGCUUUCUCCUCUGGACCUCCCCUCGACAGGGACUACACCACUGAGGAUGCAGCCCGGGUGCUGGAUCAACUGAUGAAAGGUCUAGGCUUUGCCAGUGGCUAUGUUGCGCAGGGCGGCGAUAUCGGAAGUAGGGUAUCUCGAGUGCUCGCGGUGGACUAUGAUAGUUGCAAAGUGAAUUUCAAUGGCAUCCCGGCCCCUCCCCCGGGAGUCUCUGAAAACAGUCUCAACAACUACGAGAAACAGGGCCUGAAACGCAGGGAGGAAUUCUUGACCGUUGGUAGGGCUUAUGCGGACGAGCACGCCACAAGACCAAGCACCAUUGGCCUUGUCCUAUCCAGCAGUCCAAUAGCCUUGCUGGCAUGGUGUGGUGAGAAAUUCCUCCAAUGGGUCGACGAGCCACUUCCAUCCCAGACCAUCCUGGAGUUUGUAUCGCUGUACUGGCUUACGGAGUCGUUCCCGCGAGCGAUUUACCCAUAUCGCGAGAACCUCGACGCUUUCAUCAACCCGGAGAAGUGGCGACAGCGCUGGUUCAUUCGCAAGCCGCUCGGUUUCUCGUCUUUCCCCAAAGAAAUCAUGCCUAUACCGAAGUCCUGGCUGGAGGGAACCGGCAAUGUGGUCUAUUUCAAGGAUCAUCGAAAGGGUGGACAUUUUGCCGCACUGGAGAAGCCCGAUGUGCUGAAGGAGGACCUGAGCGAAUUCAUUUCACAGGUCUGGAAAUGA